CGGUAGCGCCCGUGCGCUUGUUUCUUUUCUCCUUUUGCACGGCGUGAAGAAGAAAGUCAAGUUGAAAUUGUUUUGUAGGUUUUCCAGGGAGUGUUUCAGAAUGGGAAAGCGUGUGGCUGUAGUUCUGGCUGGAUGUGGAGUUUUUGAUGGCAGUGAAAUUCACGAGGCUUCAGCAGUUUUGGUGCAUUUAAGCAGGAAUGGGGCGGAGGUGAAAAUGUUUGCUCCUAAUAUUGAGCAGAUGCAUGUAGUUGACCAUGUUAAAGGGAGUCCUACAGAGGAAACGAGGAAUGUGCUGGUAGAAAGUGCCAGGCUGGCUCGAGGAGAGAUCCAGGAUUUAACACAGCUCAAAGUCAGCGACUUGGAUGCUGUCAUUUUCCCAGGUGGAUUUGGAGUUGCAAAGAACCUUUGUUCUUGGGCAGUGGAAGGGAAGAAUUGUUCUGUGAAUGAUCAAGUAAAGUCUACACUCAUGGCCUUCCACGGUGCUAAGAAACCCAUUGGGCUGUGCUGUAUCUCCCCUGUACUGGCAGCUAAAGUUUUUCCAGGCUGCGAACUAACAGUUGGGCAUGAUACAAAUGAUGAUGGCAGGUUUCCAGAUGCAGAGACGGCUGGUGCAAUACAGGAACUUGGAUGCAAGCACGUGUGCAAAAAGGUUAAUGAAACCCAUGUUGAUGAGAAGAACAAAAUAGUCACAACUUGUGCAUUUAUGUGCAAGGCCCCCCUUCAUGAAAUAUUUGAUGGGGUUGGAGAAAUGGUGCAGGAUGUGUUGAAGCUUGCUUAAACUGAGCUGUUUCUGUGAAACUGAAAUAAUGUGAAGGUUUCAACACAGUCCCCUACUCCCUGUAACUUGAUGAAGGUGCAGUUGCUCAAAAACCUUUGUCUGAUUUCUGUUACCUUUUGGAAGUCUUUUUCAAAUUUCUGUUCUCUUACUAUCCCUGGUGUGCACUUCAUGUAGAUUUAGCAAGUAUGUAUUUUCAUUGAAAAAUCUAUGGAAAUGUUUCAUUAGCUGAAAUAAUAAUAAAAUAUAUAUACACAGGAACUCUUUGUUUUCCUUUCCACAACAUGGCUCAACCGCUGCAAUCUAACAGUGGGUGUCAGAUUGAAAGCAGCUCAGUUCCCCUUCAGCCCUGGUCUGGCAUUGCCUGCUGUUAAUUUAGCAGGAUACCUGCCUUAGUACACGACCCCUUAUGGGCCUGGCUUUGCUCUCCAAAGGAGGUCGGUGCAAUGAAGAUCUUUUAAACUCAGCAGAUCUCAUACCCCUCCUGUGAGCUGUAAUCACUGCAGAGUGCAUAAACUUAAUAAGGAGGUCUUGCUCACAGCUGUACUAUUAUGCAGGCAAUUGAAGCAUAAAUCUGUGAUUCUUUAAUUGGCUGCUUGUCCUUGGAGCUGUUGAUUUCUCACAGUAGGUAUGUUAGGAGUUUGUAAACCCAUCAUAGUGUAAGUAAGGAGAAAAACCCUUUUUCCUAGUAUAGUGUUAUAUAGUGGGCAUGAAAAAUGUAUAUUUCUAUUUUUGAUUGAAGCAAAUAAUAAUCUCAUAGUUCUGUGUAGAGUAUCUCUUGUACAGUAGAAAAUGUCUUAUACAAUAAGUCACCCAACACAUAAAUUAUUCACUUUUUUAAAAAUCAAAUAAACAAAUUGUAUACCUGAACUAAUAUUACACAACUUUUUUUUUGUAUUUGUUUUCAACUUUAGUCUUGUGCAUUAUGUUCUGUACCCAGUAUAAAAUGUUGUUUUGAAAUAGGAGAAAAUUCUGCUCUAAUUGUUGCAUCUACUGACAUCAAAUUUUCUAAGCUUUCAUUAACAGACUUUCACACAUGUAUACAUUUUUUUACACAUUUAUUUAUGUAUUACAAAUUGUUUUACAUACAAGGUAUCGUGUGAAUUCUUUGUCUUUUGUUAACAAAGUUUAAAUGCUGGAGAAAAUUAUUACAUGUGUUGGUUUAAAUGGCUCUCUUGAUGCAUACAAACACAACUUCAAAGCAUACUGUGUUACUUGACCUGCUGUAUAUUAUUUGCCAGUUCACUUAAGGAAAAAAAAAAAAAAGCAACAUUACUUAUGCUAUAGCAGAUUUUUAGCCUUAUUAUUUGUAUGGCACAUUGUGCAAAUGGGGAAAUCCACUUGUCUGGACAGGGAGGUUAACUCAGUAAAAUAAAGCACAUUGGGUUAAAAAAAA